CGCAGGACAGGGCAGGACAAUGCAGGGGUGCACAGCACACAGCAGCAGCCAAUGACCACAGCAAGGUAUUAUGCUACUAGGUGUGUGUGAUGCGGGGUAGGGGCCACAGGUCGGUGGAUGUGGAGGAGCUGCUGAGGCAGUCUCAGGCCGAGUUGCUAUGGAUACAGAGGCAGCUGUCAAUCAUCUCGUCCCGCAACGCUCGCCACUCCAGACAGGCCAAAGACAGGUUAAGGCAUGAGGCGGGCCCCCAGAGCGUCCCUACCCUCUCCCCCCAGAAUGUGAAUCUUUGCCAGCUGCUGGAGGACAGGAACCGGGCCCUCAAGCGGGAACUGGCCACACUCAAGCAGGAGAAGCAGCGCUACAAGUCCCUGGAGACAGAGGUCAGAGAGAGAAGGGCCAAGUGCCGCGCCCUAGAGAGGGAAGUGAAGAGUACAUGCCUUACAUGUCAGACCUUGAAGAGUGAGCUGAGCGAUGCGCUGCAGGAGAGGAACAGUCUCAAUCUGCAGCUCUUCUCCCACAGUCUAAAGGCUUCCCAGUAUGAACAGGUGAAGUCGGACUAUGAGCAGCUGAGGGAGACCUUUGGUACUGUGACUCAGGAGCGAGACUUGGCACGCGAGGAGAAGAGCCAGCUCCAGAGCCAACUAGAUAACCUUGAGCAGGUCCUAAAGCAUAUGCGAGACGCUGCCGACCGUACGCAGCAUUUGAAGGCGGAGCAUGACCAGGCCCUGGCGGUCCUCAGUACCAAGCAGCAGGAGAUCAACCUUCUGCAGAAGGCUCAGACUGAAGCAGAGAAGGAACGCGAGGAGGUCGUCCACAUACUAGAGGUCAAAGUUCGCAGCCUCGAACAGAGAUGCAAGAGUCAGAGUGAGCAGUUUACCCUGUUGUCCAAAGAGCUUCAGAGAAUUCGAGUCGAAGUUGACACUGUGGGCGCCCUGAGCGCUGACGACCCCUCUGCCGUGUCAAAGGCCAGCCAUCACCCCGAGAAAAACCUCUCGCACGCUGUCAACAGCAGACACUCUCACACUAGGACAAGCAAUGAGAGAACUGCAGGCUCCAGUCCGCUGAAGACUUCAGACCGGCGCUCUCUCCCUCUCCUUCUCCCUCUCUCUCCCCCUCUCCCGCGCUCUCUCCCUACCCCUCUCCCUCACCCUCUCCCUCACCCUCAGCGGCCUUCUGCUGCCGCUGGUGUCAGCAGCAGCCGCCGCCGCAAGCCCGAGUCGUUGUCCGUCAAGCCCAUCAUCCUGACCAGAAGCAGGCCCGGCAGCCCGCGAAGGGCGGCCGCAGCCCCCCCAGAGAUGGAGGAUGAGGUGAGUCCAUCUCCCAGAUCCAAACCCCGCUACACAGGACAGGUUCGCCUCUGCACAGCUCGCUAUAGCUAUAACCCUUACGAUGGGCCUAACGAGCAUCCGGAAGCAGAACUCCCCCUGGUGGCCGGGAAGUAUCUCUACGUCUAUGGGACCAUGGAUGACGAUGGAUUCUAUGAAGGGGAGUUGCUGGAUGGCCAGCGUGGUCUCGUGCCCUCCAACUUCGUGGAGUUCAUCCAGGACAAGGAGAAGCUGCCACCAGACGGAGGGGGAGGGGGAGGAGGAGGAGGAGUGGACGACCUGGGGCCCCUCCUGGCCAUCACCUCAGGCGACGGGGCCGGGGGCCUGGGUGGUGGUGGUGGUGGAGGUUGUGGAGGGACUGGAAUGGAACUGUGUCUGGCCGAGCCUUUGGCUUUGGGGCCCUGCAGCAACGGCACCGGGGGCAUAGGAGGCCCAGGUCAGGAGGGUGACGAGCUUGGGGACAACGUGGUGCCUUACCCGCGCCGGAUCACCCUGAUCAAGCAGCUGGCCCGCAGCGUGAUCGUGGCCUGGGACCCGCCGCAGGUGCCCCUGGGCUGGGGCUCGGGACCCGCGGCCGUCAGCGGCUACAACGUCCUGGUCGACGGCGAACUUCGCUCCAGCGUCCCCUUAGGCGGACGCACCAAGCUGUUGCUGGAGAAACUGGACCUGGCGGGCGCCACGUACCGCGUGUCCGUGCAGAGCAUGACCGAGCGGGGUCCCUCGGACGAGCUGCGGUGCUCGCUGCUGGUCGGCUGCGGCGUGACGGUGGCGCCGUGCGGCCUGCGCGUGGAUAACAUCCUGCGGGACUCGGCCGAGCUCUCUUGGCUGCCCAGCAACAGUAACUACGCGCACCUGGUCUACCUGGACGGCGUGGAACAGGCGCUGGUGCGCCCAUGCUGCUACAGGUAUCGUUUCGGAGGCUUGAAGGCCACCACGGUCUAUAAGGUGCGAGUGGUGGCCAAGCCCCACCAGAUGCCCUGGCAGCUCCCCCUGGAGCAGCGCGAGAAGAAGGAGGUGGGCGUGGAGUUCUGCACCCAGGCAGCAGGUCCCCCACAUCCCCCCCAGGAGGUGCAGGUGCAGUGUGGCCCCGGCCCGGGUGUGCUGCAGGUCUGCUGGAAGCCUCCCCAGCUCACCCCCCUCGGCACCUCCAACGGGGCCAACGUCAUCGGCUACGCUGUCUGCACCAAGGGCCAGAAGAUAGCGGAGGUGAUGUUUCCCCUGGCCGACUACGUCACUGUGGAGACCAACCGCAUCGCGUGCCUGGAGGCGCGUGAGGUGGUGGUCCGCACCCUCUCAGCACAAGGCGAGUCACAGGACUCCUCCGUCGCCACCAUUCCAAGUAACCUGCUGCCUCCCCCCGGCCCCCGGCCCCCCGGCCCACACCCCCAUGCACACGUUCCACCCCACCCGCCCCACCUCCAGUCGCCCCUCCCCCCCCCGCCCCCGCUUCCCGCGCCUCCCCACCCCGGCUCCCAGCCCCCGCAACAGCCGCCCCAGAUCCACGCCCCCCACGCCCCUCACGCCCCCCACACGGUCCCCCACCCUUCCCCAUCCCACAGCCACUUACAGCCCUUACCCCCACCACCACCACAACAACACCCGCCCCUGCGACACCUCCCUCCCCACCCACCGCACCCGCACCCACAGCCCCCUCCUCAUCUCCGAGCGCUGCCCCCCCACCAGGGCCCCCAGCAGCAGCAGCAGCAGCAGCACAUCCCCAUGCCCCAGCCCCACAUCCCGCAGCUGGCCCACCCCGCCCAGGGCCCGGGCCCGGGCCAGCCGCAGAGACCACUAAGUGCCAGAGAGCUGGAAACCAAAGAUCAGCAGCAGCAGCAGCAGGGGGGGGCGCCACCGCCGGGGCAUCAUGGGCCCCCACCCCAGGGGGGGCCACCAGGAGGAGGGGGGCCACCGUGGGAGCCCAUACGUUCGCCGUCGACGCCAGGGGGCAUGCCGCGUCCUCCCGGGGUGGGCCCCCCCACCCACGGACACAUGCUGGAGGCCCCGCCGCACCCCAACCGGAGGUCGCCCUCGCCCCAGAGGAUCCUGCCGCAGCCGCGCGGCACGCUCAUCCCCGAUACCGUGGCCAAGGCCAUCGCCAGGGAGGCGGCGCAGAGGGUGGCGGCCGAGAGUGGCAGGAUGGAGAGGAGGAGUCAGCCGUUCCACCAACAGGGUUCUGAUGAAGAGGAGGAUGAGGAGGGGUACGGCCCGGGCCGCCGCCGAGGGGCCUCCGUGGACGACUUCCUGCGCGGCUCCGAGCUGGGCAGACAGCCCCACUACAGCCAGAGUGAGGAGUACCACACAGAGAGCAGCCGCGGCUCUGACCUCUCAGACAUCAUGGAGGAGGAUGAGGAGGAGCUGUACUCCGAGAUGCAGCUGGAGGAGGGGCGCCGACGCGGCUCACACAAUGCCAUGAAGGGUUCCCCUUCGUCUGGCCGUUUGGAGCGCGGGGAUAACCGGAGAGGUCACGGAGGACACCAUCCCCAGCGUCGACCCCUCAUGGUCCCCUCCAUUGAUGGCUACAGGGAUCGGGGCCGGCGGUCGCCCCCGUAUUAUGACGAGUCGGAGGGCGAGGACCUUUUUCGAAUCUUCGUGGCGCUAUUUGACUACGACCCGCUCUCCAUGUCGCCCAAUCCUGACGCAGCUGAGGAGGAGCUGCCCUUUAAAGAGGGACAGAUCAUCCGGGUGUAUGGUGAUAAGGACACGGAUGGUUUUUAUCGGGGCGAGAUUCGCGAUCGCUCAGGCCUGAUCCCCUGCAACAUGGUGUCUGAGAUACGCGCCGAAGACGAGGAGACGAGGGAGCAGCUCCUCAAGCAAGGAUUCCUCUCUCUCAACACCCCCGUGGAUAAAAUAGAGCAUAACAGGAGGGGUAGGCAACCGGUGGCCACCAGGAGGAUGGUGGCUCUGUAUGACUACGACCCCAGAGAGAGCUCCCCAAACGUGGAUGUGGAGGCGGAGUUGACGUUCUGUGCCGGCGACAUCAUGGCAGUGUUUGGUGAGAUUGAUGAAGAUGGAUUUUAUUAUGCUGAGAUCAACGGCCACCGGGGCCUGGUGCCCUCCAACUUCCUGGAAGAAGUGCCUGACGACGUGGAGGUCUACUUGACGGACACGCCGCCCCGCGGAGGCGAGCCAGAGCCCGGCGAGUCGACGGUCGCCCACCCUCCCGCCCCAGCACAGCCAGCCGCGGCGCCCUCCCAGGCCGAGGCCAAACGGGUACACGUACACCCCCACUCCUCCUCCUCCUCCUCCUCCCACCGCCGCUCGCAGCGCUAGGCCCCGCCCCGCCCUCGCCCGUGCCCUCGCCCGCCCGUGUAUCCAUCCAUCCUCCGUUUCAGUUGCUCGUCCUUCGCCGUGUGUGCUGUUUUUUCUUCUCUUCUUUUCUUUUCUUUUUUCUUUAUGCUUUUUUGUCCUUUUUGGUUUGUUUUAAUUGUUCUUUUUUUGUUGAGUUUUGGGUUUUUCUUUUGUUUUCCUGUGAGUGGUCUGUGGGUUGAGUCCAGUGGAUGUCCUGUUUUGCUUGAUUGUUUGUUUGUUGGUUUGUUUGUUUGUUGGUUUGUUUGUGGCCGUGGUGAUGGUGCUGGUGCUGGUGGUGAUCUACAUUUUUGUUUUUGCUUUUGUUUUUGUUUUUUCGUUUUUGGUUUGUUGUUCUUUUGGGAGUCCGCACCCCCCUCCCCUUUCUGAUGUCUUUUGGAAAGGAAGAAGCAAAGCCUGUGCUGAAAUGCGAAUGAGAAAACUGACACACUGACACAGACGCCCGCCCAACAGACUCCUUGACAGGAGAGGCUCACAAGAGAGGGAAGAGGGGGGAGACAUGUGACAUGUGUAGAAACCAUUUCAGAACUCUGAACUGCGGAGAGGGGAGUGUUAGGGGAAAAAAAGAAAAGAAAAGAUCAGAACAAAAAAGAACAAAAAAGAACAAGAGAAAAGAAAAGAAUUAUACGUACAUACAACACUGAGAACGAAACAGAAAAUGCCAAUGUUUUGCACUGAAACACAAAAUCUCCAUGUGGAUACUGUGUGUGGUAUACUCUCAUAAGUGCUUUAUGAACUUUAUGUCCAAAGGGUACCUGGUUGGAAUUAUUUGUUACCGUUCAAAAAAAAAGAGAUAUAUUAAAAAAAGAUGAAGAAAGACUUCAUGUAGGUUGCCAUGGUUCUGCAAAGCAUGCGUUUUUUCAAAAGAAAGAAAAAUCUUGAUACCUUUUCUAUUAAAUAUUAUAUAUGACCGCAUACAUUGGCCCAACUGUUGUAUUUCUUUGAAUAGGCUUUGGUUCUUUUGUAUACUGCACACUCGUAUAGGAUUUACGAAAAGGAAACAACUCUAUUUUCAGAUCAGAUUCUGAAAGCCCAAAGAGACACGACACAGUGCUCUCUUUACAAAAGUUGAUUGGUAAAAACCAUCCAAGACUGUAAUGGUUAAACGUGAAGAAAAAAUAAAUGGUUAACUACA